UAAUGUCAUUGUUGUUUGCUUCGUUUCGUUGGGUUCAUGAAAAUCAGAAAAUUAUUUUGGAUUUAAGGAAUAAAUAGAGAAAAUAAUAUCAUUGUCGCUAAGUUAAGUUAGUCGAGAUAAUUAUAUCCGAUACUUCUUACUUAUAUAAGUCAAAUAAACCUUUUAUAAAAUGGGAGAUAAAAAAUACAAGCAAAGUAAAGCAGAUAUUGCUAAGCAGUUCAAUCUCCCUGAGAGGCAGUCCAAGAUCACCACAUUACUAAAUCAGGCUGGCCAAGCAUAUUGCAUCUGUAGAUCUUCAGACAGUUCGCGGUUUAUGAUAGCUUGUGAUUCUUGUGAGGAAUGGUAUCAUGGAGACUGCAUUAAUAUAUCAGAGAGGGAGGCUAAGUACAUCAAGAACUAUUUCUGUGACCGCUGUCGGGAGGAGGAUCCGACUUUGAAGACAAGGUUCAAGCCACAGAAGAGGGAAUAUGAUGGGGACUCUGGUCGGGAUGACAGAAAAAAGAAGCGUAAGGAAAAGGAUCACUCGGAAAAUAAGUCAUCAAAGAGACCGAGCACCAAAGAUGGAUGCGGGGACUGUGCGGGAUGUCUGCAGACACAUGAUUGUGGACAUUGUGAUGCUUGUGAAGAUAUGUACAGCGGAAGUAAUAAGCUGAAGCUGAAGUGCAAACAGCGUAUUUGUAUAAAAGCCAAGAAGACUUCAAGGCAAUCUAGCACGAGAGUAAAGAAGAAGCACCACGAACGCGAGACAUACGAGCCAGAAGAAUCGAUAGCUCACCUGCAGACGGCGGAGGCGCGGCAAUGCUACGGGCCGCAGUGCACGCGCGCCGCUCUGUUCGGCUCCAAGUACUGCUCGGGGCAGUGUGGCGUCAGGCUAGCUACAGCCAGGAUAUACCAGGUGUUGCCGCAACGCAUCCAAGAGUGGUCUCUGUCGAGCUGCGUGGCCGAGCUGAAGAACAGGAAGGCCCUGGAAGUGGUCCGCAGCGGCAUGGCCAAGGCGCAAGCGGCACUCCGCGCUUUGGACAAACAACAUACAGAUCUGGAUGCUUUAGUGGCGAGGGCUAGGAACGCUACAGUCAUUCAUAGUGAUGAUAAGGAGGCUGACGAUGAAACCCUAACAAUGUACUGCAUCACGUGCGGACACGAGAUCCAUUCGCGAACAGCGGUCAAACACAUGGAGAAGUGCUUCGUCAAGUACGAGGCUCAGGCGUCCUUCGGGAGUCGACAUAGGACGAGGAUCGAUGGCCAAAGCAUGUUCUGUGACUACUACAACCCUAUCAAUGGGACUUACUGCAAGCGAUUGAGGGUGAUGUGUCCGGAACAUUUCAAAGACCCAAAGGUCAGUGACUCCGAAUGCUGUGGUUGUCCACUAGUUCGCAAUGUGUUCGAGCCUACGGGGGAGUUCUGUCGUGCGCCCAAGAAGUCUUGUCUGAAGCACUACCAGUGGGAGAAGCUGAGACGGGCUGAGAUCGACAUGGAGAGGGUCCGACAGUGGCUCAGACUUGAUGAACUGGUCGAGCAGGAGAGGAGCAUUCGAUUGGCUAUGGCGUCUAGAGCUGGCGUGCUGGGUCUCAUGCUGCAUUCGACGUACAACCAUGAAGUGAUGGAGCGAAUCACCUCCAAGGUCACAGAGAAUGGCAAAGUCAAGGAAGGCUCUUGACACCUCAGCGACACUACGCAUAAACAAAAAAAAUUGGAUAAAAACGAAUUGGCUAAAAUAGAUGGCUGUCAAGCCGCCAUUUUAAAUUAAGAACAAUGUAAUUUUAAGUUUUAUUGCUGAAAUUGUUUAGAUUAAGGAAUAAGAAAAACUAUUUUAAUGUGACGCAAGCGAAGUUAGUUAAGUAUAAUUUUGUAAAUAAUACUGUUUUUGAAAGGGAAGUAAAUGUGUUUCAUGAAAAA